CCUUUCUCUGCUUAUCACAACUGCAGAAAUACGAAUGCGCCAAAGUACGUGUCAACAUGACGCAACAAGCCCACAACGAACGCCCGUACCGGUCCCAUCUCCGGCCAGCCUGUCUGGCAUGUCGCCGGCGAAAGUCGCGGUGCCAAUCGGAGCCCUCGUCUGAAACAUGUUUGAUGUGCCGGGCCCAUUGCACCGAUUGCGUGUUUCCUUCCGGCCCCAAUGGGUCUAAUCGGACUCCCGAUUCUGCUCGACGCCGAAGACAGACCCGGUCAACCGGCGGAGGUGCCACUCCGACCCGCCGUUGUCAGAACCCCGUGUCCGGAGCCGGAUCCGACAACUCAGUUCUUGGACACCCACCUCCGGAUAUACUCUCUGCCCCUAAUGCGCCAAAUAAAUCCCCUCCCCGCCUCGAGUGGGCAACCCAAGGCCAAGAGACCCUUGAGGAGGACGAAUCGCCGCUGGCGUUGGGUUCAGCCGACGAUCAGCAACACAAUCUACACAUUGUUGGACCGGCGGUAACGUCGGACAACCAAGUGCUGUCAGAUUACUUGUCCGCAAUGCCUGGAGCCACCCGAGGGUCUAGAUUGGUUAUUCCUGUGCCAGGAAACCGAUCCCAGCCGGUCCUAUUCACCAUGGUUCAGAAACGUCCACUAGGUUUGACCGUGAACCGAAGUACUUCUGCAGCGAAACUAGAGAUGAUUGUGAAAAUGCUGGAGCCUUACGAGGCCGACGUAAUUGAUGUCUAUUUUAACAAAGUCAACUCCUCAUUUCCUCUGCUAGAUGAAGCCUCAUUCCGCCUACAGUUCCAUGAAAAUAAAGAUCGCAUUUCACCAGCAUUAUUAGCUUGCUUGUAUGCACACUCUAUGACCUUCUGGGAGAGUUCGCCGGUAUUGUGUCGUCAUCGAUGCCCGGACAAGAGAUUCAUCUGGAACCUGGCAAAUGAGGCAACCUACUCGGAGCUUCACUUAUCACCAGGAAUGUCUAUAAUCGAAGCUAUUCUGUUAAACGUCGGCGGUCGUCCCACCACAUCCCUCAUUGGAAACGGAGUUCUCCUAGGCUCGGCAGUCGCCAUGGCACAUUCGCUUGGCCUGCACCACAACCCAAUGCCAUGGGAAAUACCAGGCUCUGAAAAGUAUCUACGAAUGAAGAUAUGGUGGGCCCUCUGGGUCCAUGACAAGUGGACGAGCCUCGCUCAUGGAACACCUCCUCACAUCUCAAGAACCCACUUUAAUGUACCAAAGCCGACCCUGGAGCAUCUUUGCCAACCAAACUCAACCGAUGACAAAAAGCAAAGGGCAUCCGUUUUUGUUGCUCUCGUGGGGCUCACCGAUGUUCUAGACUUAAAUCUCAGACACAUUUAUCACGUUGAACCAGGGGAACCUAGGAGCACAACACAUCUUGAGCUCGCUUUAAACAACUGGGUGGAGUCCUUGGACGAUGGAGUCCGCCGCAUCAUCAUCCGGGGUACCGACCUCGAGGUCCCCGGAGCUGCAAACUUACGACUCACUUAUCUUACCGUGCGACUUCUCCUUGAACGCAUCAAACUCGAAGCAGAUAAGCAAAUCUACGACACCGAAGACAACCGAUUAUUGAACCGCUACCUCCAAGCGCGAAGGACUUCGGAAGAGAUCCUCAUUCUUACUCAAGAGCUGCAACCUGAGCAGCUGGCUGACUUCUGGCUCCCGAGCUGCGCCUUCGCAUUCCCAGCCACGGUGAGCUUCUUGCUGAGGUGCGCUCUAGAAACUGAGAAUUCGCCAACUGGCCUGGCACAGAGCAGCUCUCUUCGAAUUGCAUCGAAUCUCAUUACUGCCCUGCAGUCGCACAAGGAGAAACAUUCUUGGGACCUCGGCGAAAUUUGCCUGGCACAGCAUGCCGAGAUUGUUGAGAAAUUGUUGGCCAUGGUCCCCACCGAGGAACCGGGUCUGGACGGCGGUCUGGACCUGCAAGACUUUAUCAUGCCCGACGUGUCUGUUAUCGACCAGUUCUUCCCGAGCCUAUGGGAUCCAUUGCAGAGCGCGUGGUAGGUUGAUGCGGUGAGAUAGGGCGUCGUAGUGCCCGCGGCCAAGUUUGCCGCGGGCACGCGACCGGCGACAAAGUAUAAGAGCAUGUGAAGAACUCAUAAUUUUCUUCCAUCA